AUGUAUGAAACAGUCAAGCUAGCAAGCACGGCCAUACAAGCAAGCACGCUUUGUUUACCUCAUGGGCAUUCCAUCGAACACCUCCUGUACGCCAUCCAUGCCCACGUCGAGUCCAGCGUCUGGUCGGUGGUGGGUGCUGCCGAUGCGGCGAAGGUCGUUGCAGGUGGCCAGAAUGUCGUGCCCGCCAUCCCCUUCGGCUUGGGUGUCGCCGGUGCGGGGAGAUUAGAGUUCUGCACGCUCCUGUUCACGGUCACGGCUGCGAGGAGGGAAGCGGCGACGGCCACGGCUGCGGGGAGGGUGGCUUCGGUUGAGGAAAAACUUAAGCCCGUGGCGGUAGCGGCAGAUGCCUGGGGGCGUCGGUCAGUAGCUGCGUCGAGCGCAAAGCGGUGCCGAUGGCGUUCGACGCGAGCGAUAGGAAGUAGAGGAGUCCUGGUAGAAGGCACAGGAGCCCUGGUUCGUCUUUUAGAGAAAGAUAGAGAUGCACAGUGCGUUCCAAGCGACGGACGGACGGAGCCAACGAGCCAAUGCCAACUUGCCAAGGCCGAAGGGCGGAGGCCCCAAGGCUAG